AAAAUUAGAAAUACUACUAAACAAAAAAAUCUUAACUUAAUUAUCAAAAAAAAGGUAAAAAAAACAAAUAAAAAAAUUUUUUUUUUAGUAAUGUCCAAACUAGCAUUAAUAAGCACAUUGUUGCUUUUACUUAGCAUACAUAGCAUUUAUUGCAAAAGAAUGGUUAAUAGUAACAAUGUAGAUAAGGUUAUAGAGCUUUUUUACACGUUCGCAGACACAUUCUUUCAAAAAUAUCAUAGUCUUUAUCUGAAGAAUAUGAGUGAUGAUUAUCAUUUUACAGAUAUGAAAUAUGAAAAAAUAAAUCUUACACUUACUCCUCAAAAUUCAGAUGAAUAAGAAAUUUCAGUUUACAAUGGAAAACUAAUUGUAUCCAAUUUAAGUUUUAAUCUUGAAAAUAUUUGGAUACCUUUGGGAUAGUAAAACGAAAUAAUGAAUAUCUAAAUGCCUAUUUUAGAAAUCAGCUUUGAGCUUUACUCUAAUCCAAGCUUUAUCUCUAUAGAUAACACUAGACUUAACGAAGAAAAUGAGUUGUACAAUAGAUACACCUUGACUAUUUAAUAGUUGUUUAAUAUGGCUAUUAUGAAAACUCUAGGUCCUAUUUAUCAUGCAUUCAAUGCUUAGUAGAUAGACCCAAGUUCAUUUGUCCCUAACUUUUUAAAAAUGUUUGAAGACUAUUUUGUAUAAUACCAUGGAGAGAAAAUGUAGCCAGAAUCCAAGUUUAUUUUCGAUGUUUCUAAAUAUUUAAAUAGAUAAUCUAAUAAGAAAUAUCAAGAUGUUUAUAUUGAAAGUGCAGAAGAUCUGGAAAAGCUAUCUGUUCAAUUUAAAGUUCCUACUGUUAAAGCAAAAGUAGAAAACUAAGAAUAAUAAAAUAAUGAAAAUUCAAAUACUGAUAAUAAUAAUAUAUAAACUAAUAAUAGUAAUAAUUUAACUAGUAAUAACACUAAUUCUUAAGAAUUAUGA